UCAAACCCUUCUCUGCUCUCUCUCUCUCUCUCUCUCUCUCUCUCUCUCUCUUCUAUCUAUAUAUAUAUAUAUAUAUAUAUUAGCACACACAUGCAUUAGCUGAAGAAGCAACGCAGCUCACUCGGAUACUUUCAUCAAUAUAUAGAAAGACAUGGAUGAGAACUACUGGAAGCUGUCGAAGAAGGAGGCGUCGAUGUGCGGUUCUUCCUCGAAAAGCCACAUUCCAAGGAGUUUCUCGACGAAGAUGAGCAACAGUUCCUCCUCGAAUUCGCCCCUCUUGAUGAGAAGCUGCUCGACAAGAGCUAGUACUAGCUGCAGCUCUAAGUCGUCUUCUCUUCUUCCCCGGAGUGCGUCGCAGAAGAGCUCCAACAUCACCCGGAAGUGCACCAACUUGGCCAAAGAACACAAGGCUCGGUUCUACAUCAUGAAGCGCUGCAUCACGAUGCUUGUUUGCUGGCACAAGCACAGCGAUUCCCGAUCAUAAAUAUAUAUAUAUAUAUAUAUCAACAGUUUAAUUCAUCAGAGGGGAGACGGAGCAAAAAGAACCAAACACAACACAAUAUUUCUUCUCGUGCGUAUGUAGCAAGCUAGCUAGCUAGCUAGGCAGGUCUAGAAGGGCCCGAUGUCUCAAUGGCGGGCGAAUGGAUUGUGAUGAUAAUACGGCCGUGCUGUCAAUUUUGAGUACUUUUGAAGCAUUUUCUGAUUUGAGUACUGGUAUGGUUUGUGUCGCUCCGAUACCUUACGAAAGAUCUACUUAUAUAUCUCUGUUUGUAGGCUUUUCUUUCUGCUGCUACGAGAUAUGACUGAUCUCACUGCAGGUUGAUGGGGAACAUUCGACUUUUCCAAUUCAAUAGAUUAAUGCAUGAUGCAUCAUUCUUUGUUUGUGGAUCAUUAUUAGUAUCAUUGAAACUUACUUUAUUUUCUACACCGAAAAAAAAAACAUUUCUUUUUAUAUAAAAAUACCAUCUAUAUAGUUAUUGUAAUUAUUGUUAUGAGAUAGUGGGGAUAUCAAAUUUAUUGUGUUCAAGGCCAAGUUGGCAACCGAAUGGGAUCAGUCUGGACCAAUAAGCUGAGACACCUCAUGUUUUCAUCGAGAAAUCUGUGAUUUAUACAAGUGUGGUUUACCAUUCCAUGUGCCCCUAAUUCUACUAAUUCUGAAGUCAAGACUUUGAAGCCCAGCCAUACAUUCCUAUUGACCCGAAUCAGGUCCAUUCAAUUGGAGGCCCAAGUCUGUUGCUUAGCCCAUGAUAAUUAAGACUUUCAAGUUUCAACUAUGUCCAUUUCCUCUUUGGUUUCUAGCGGCUCCAAUCGAUCGAUAAUUUCUAGGAAGGACAAAGGCU